AUGGCCGACAACCCCCGUGACCCUCCUGAGGAUAAGCAUAAACUGACGUGUAAAGAAGGCCACAGCGGGCCGACAUAUGAGUCCUUGCAGGCUGUGUUUGACCUACAGGCCUUCAGACCAGCAGUGAACCUCAGCAAUCCCACCAUAACCAACAUCUCCUUUACCCUGUAUGCUGUCCUGGGGGUGAAUGAGAAGACCCAGAUACUCACCACUUUCCUGUGGCUGAGACUGUACUGGCAUCAUGAGUUCCUGGUUUGGGACCCUGAUGAGUGCAAUGGUGUCAGUAGGAUUUCUCUCCCUGUGAGGCAGCUCUGGUCUCCAGACAUCAUCGUGUAUGAGUUUGUGGAUGAUGAUGUUUCCCAGGCGUGUCCUUACGUGUAUGUCAACUACACAGGUCGCAUCCGCUGGGACAGGAUGCUGCGGCUCGUGUCAUCCUGCAACCUGGAAAUCUUCAGUUUUCCUUUUGAUGUGCAGAACUGCACAUUUACAUUUGGCUCCUACAUGCACACCAUAAGAGAUGUGAGGGUCAGUCCAGCCGUGACCUUUAAAGAGAUGUCUCUAAACUCAAAGCGCUACCUGGAAGCCAGUGGAGAGUGGGAGGUGGUGGACAUACUGGGAGAGACCUCCAUCCUUCAGUUUGGAAUUGAUGAGUGGGACAUCAUCACCUUCUGGGUGGUCAUAAAGCGGCGUCCAGUGCUCUACGUGGUCAACCUGCUCAUCCCCAGCUCCUUCCUCAUGCUCAUUGACAUCCUGUCAUUCUACCUGCCGCCCCACAGUGUGGACCGUGCCUCCUUCAAGAUGACCCUGAUCCUGGGCUACACAGUGUUUCUGCUCAUCAUGAAUGACCUGCUGCCCAGCACAGCAAACGGCACACCCAUCAUAGGUAUCUAUUUCUCUGUGUGUCUGGCCCUCAUGGUCAUCAGUCUACUAGAGACGGUUGUCAUCACCAAUGUCCUCCAUCACAGCUCCAUGAAAUAUCAAGAGGUUCCAAAAUGGGUGAGGGUGGUUAUCCUCAAAUACAUAGCCAGCCUCAUCUGCUACCGCUGGCCAGAGGUCAUCCAGCAUCCUUCUAUACCAGAGAGAGACAAACCUAAAAGCUCAAAUGGCAGCUCAGGCCCAUGCAUCAUCCAGCCAGUCAGUCAGACACCUGUCCAGUGCCCAGCCAGCAACAAAGGUACAGUUGCUCUGCCUGAACUGCAACAGAUAUGUCAAUACCUGGGUGACCUUCACACCCACCUUAUCUCACUGCAAAAGGAGAAUGAGCUGCAGGACCAGUGGUGCCAUGUAGGAUAUGUGCUCGACUACCUGCUCUUCCGCAUCUAUCUACUGCUCAUCUCCUGCUAUGCAAUGGUCAUUAUUUGCAUGUGGUGCAUCUGGAUCAACCAGUCCUAA